AUGAACUCACAAUCUUCAUCCGUGGAAACCAGCUCUACUGAAUCCUCAUCAAUCACUGAUGAUACCCAUAUCUUGAGACACAUCAUCGUUCCUACUGUACCAUCGAACAAGUGGCUAUUUGAUGGGCACCCGGAAGCCGAAGAAUGCUCUAUGUUAUCCAUCUUGGGCUCGCAGUACGAUGUCAAUUCCUUCGGAGCUCAGCCCAAAGGAUCCAGCUAUGAUAGCGCAAAGAGUCAAGCGGGGGUCGAUAUUUGGACUAGUAGCGGUAGUGAUGGCGAAAUCAAGAGUAUCAUGGCAUAUAAGCUUCCUAAGAAAGUCUACGAAUCCGAGGAUUUGAGAGGGACUUUGGGACAGGAGAUAUGGUCAUACCUCCCUGAAUACAAACGAGAUUGGCUAGGCAGCGAGUACGAUAAGUCUUGGGACGAGCUCGAAGCUUCUUUGAAUGUCAAAAAGGAAAAUUCCAUUGAGUAUUUUCUGCAUACAGACCCUUUGAGUCGUAGUCAAGGACACGGAACGAAGCUAGUCCAGAAAAUUAAAGAGAUGUCAGAAGAAAGUGGUAUUCCGGUCUGGUUGGCGGCUCACAAUGACGGAGCGAGAAGGUUUUAUAACGAUAAGGCUGGCUUCGAGCAAGGUUCAACUGUCCAAUUCCCACUCGAUAAUGGGAAAUCAACUGGUAUAACUGCUUUUACCUAUAUUCCCACUACUUACAAUCCUUCAGAAGAUACAGCCAACGACGGUCCCAUCGAGGAGCCAUUAUCGCCUGAAGAUAUCUCAUUAAUGCCUGAAUUUGAACACUGA